AAUGUGUUAAUACGAGGCGGUGAGCGGUCGACUUCCCUUAUUAGUGGGGGACGAGUUACGUUGGUAGCGGCCAAAGCGACUUCUUCAGUCUAGCAGCAGGGCAUGAAAAUUGCGAAAAGCAGCAGCUUCACCAUACACAAGCAAGCACAGCACCGACUGGGACGGAGCAGAUGUAACUCAAGACGGUCACUGUUUUGAAAUGGAUACUCGGCAGAUCUGACAAGACGAUGAGCUGCUUUUGUCCGUGCGGGAUGACUUGAAUCACCAGCAGCAGAUUUCCGUGUGCGUGUGUCUGCUGCUUCAGGCCUUUGGACCUUUCUGACUUUUCGUUUAUUUUAUCAGCGAUUUAUAUCAGUUCGUGUUAAUUUUUCGUGACGUGUGCUGCUGACCGUCCGUCGACACCUUUGACAGGAUAGAGAUCCUCUGCUCGACAUUCAUGAUCGACAGUUCUCAGGUUCUCUCGCCUGGUCUGGUGACUCGCAUGCAUACACCCUGCAACCCAAAAGCUCGUCGUUGUGUGAGUGCGCGCUCAAAGUAAUAAGAACCAGGGGAACCAAAUGUGGAAGCAGCAGUCGGCACGAUGAGACUAAUGAUCGCUCUGCUGGUGUUGGCCACGGCCGCCCUGCUGCCACCGCGCGUCUCCGCGACCUGUCCGGCCGGUUGCGAGUGUGACGACGUCAAGCUGGUGGUGACCUGCGUGGCGACCAACUUCAGCAUAGUGCCCAUCACCCUGAACCCGUCCAUCCAGCGACUCAUCCUGCGCCAGAACAAGAUUCGCUCGGUCGAGGCCAGCAUCCAGUUCUACCCGCAGCUGCUCUACUUUGACCUCUCCUACAACCACCUGCUCAACAUCCCCAACAAGACCUUCAAGUCUCAGGGCAAGUUGGCCGAACUGCACCUGGCCAAGAACAAAAUCACCGGCGUCUCCUCAGGGUCCUUCACCGGCCUGACCACGCUGGCGGUGCUCAGCCUUCGGGGCAACUUCAUCGAGGAACUCGGCCCCAGUGCCUUCAGCACCUUGACCAAUCUGGAGGAGUUGGACCUCGGCCAGAACAGACUGACCAACAUCCACAAGGACGCCUUCAAGGGCCUCUCCAACCUGAGCAUCCUCCACCUGGACGACAACCAACUCGUCUUUGUGCCGACCAUCGCCUUCCUGCCCCUCAUCAACCUGGCCGAGCUCAAGGUUGGCCUAAAUGCGUUCAACGCCUCCGUUCUGCCUGACGACGUCUUCCAGGGACUGUCGAAACUGUCCGGGCUGGACGUCUCUAGCUCCAACCUGGCCGCCGUCAGCAAUUUUGCUUUCCGAGGCCUCUCCAUGCUUCGGACGCUCAAUUUGGGGGACAACCAGUUUAAAUUCAUCCCCACCAAGGCCCUGGGCCAACUGCCCAGACUGGAGGAAUUGAAAAUUGGACAGAACGCGUUCCCCUCUUUGCAGAGCAAGGACUUCGCUGGGCUGCACAAUUUGAAAACUCUGGAGAUCAUCGGGGCCCAGGAUUUGGAGAGGAUCGAAGACGGCGUCUUUGCUGAAAACCGAAAUUUGGAGUCGCUGAUUUUCAUCGGCAACAAGAAGCUGCAGGACAUCCAAGCCGGGGCGCUGUCCGGCCUGUCCCGGCUGAAAACGCUGGUCCUCAAGGACAACGCUUUCGUGACCUUUUCCGAGUCGAUGGUGAACUGGUCGGAUCUGCGCCGACUGGACGUCUCGGAGAACCCGCUGUGGUGCUCCUGUGCUCUUGUGUGGCUCAAGAGAGUGCUGAUCGCAAGAGAGGAGCCCACGAUUGCUGCCAUAAACCCCGAUGCGAGAUCACUGCCCAUUUCGAGUCGUGCUUCUGGAGCGGCGCAAGUGCUCUGCGACUCGCCUGCACAAUUAAAAGAUAGGAGUCUCAGAUACUUAUCAGACGAAGAACUCGGAUGCUCCACCAAAGACUCGACACAGAUGGCUGUCUUGGCUGGAGUCAUCUUCAUUGUCCUCCUGGUCAUCUUAGUUGUUGUUUUCACCCUGAGGAGAUUCCGACGAAGGGUGCGCGACGCGCUGAAAGACCCGCCGCGGUGGUUCCCAACGAGAUCCGCGUCUGGUGCUGCCAUAGCUCGCAAAGAGCACGAGUACCAAAAGGCUCAACUUGGUUGUGGUGACGACGACUACAUGAUAAGAGCGGGGGCUCUUGCGGCCAACAACGUCCAUCACUACGGACACAGCCUGAAGCCAAUUCCUGUAACUGAGCUCUGAAGAGGGCGACUCUCAAUAUGGUUGUGACUGAUUUUCAAAGAAGAAGAAGAAGGUUGUACCCACACCCAUGCCCAUCGGUACCAGCAGCUGAUGAACGAGCAAAGCGGUCUAAAUUCUAUAGGGAGUUCUACCUCUUUGUUUAUGUAACACAAAGGGCUAAGGUGUUCUCCACAAUGAGAGAGCACUGUUUUAAAACUAGUCUAAAUUUUGAAGUAUCUAUAAAGCAAAAUACUUACUCAUAAUAUUAAUUCCUGACAAAGUUUUUGGGCAUCAAAUCGUACUACGUAAAGAGAAGUGCCCGGAUCCAUAUUAUUUAGUUUCAAAACCAAUGAGAUGAAGAUAAGCAUGUUUUGAUUUUAUAUUAGACCAACGGUCCAUAUCAUGAGUAGAAACAAAAAUUCAAAAAUUUUGAAAAUUCCAUAUCAGCAUUUUUUAAGUUUUAUUUCUCAAGACAAUAGUUAUUUUUUAAAAUGCCAAUGAACUUACUCUUCCAAAGCAAAGACAAAAGUUUUCCACAAAUAAUAAAGGGAAGGAAGCGAAACAAUCAUUUCUACUCUAUUAGUAGGGAACGACUCUUAGCGUGAUAUUAUAAUAGUAAAAAAUAAUAUGAACGUGUUUGAUUGUGUAUUAGAAAAAUUUGUGAUUUUCUUAAUUCUUCCAAUAAUGUACAUCUUUAUGAUAUAACAUGAAGAAAAAACCUGAAACGAGACCCUGUUUGUAUUAUAUUUGGGAAUUUAAGGCGAUUCUUUUUUAAAGUGCUGCAGACACAUUCCAUUAUAUGAAAAUCUGAACUUCAUGUUCCUUAACCUUAAGUAAAAGAGCAACACUAAUCACAAUGUAUAAUCAAAGAAUCUCAUACUAUUAAAAAUACGUCUCAAAUUCUGUGUGGGCACAUCUCAAAAAAUUGAAAAUAUGCCAAAUUGCAAUACCUUUUAGACUUUGUACGUGUUUAAUCAUUAUUUCAUGUAAUCGUAGUGCCAUAAUACAAAAAUUGGCCAAUCGCAUUCUUGAACAAGAGAUGCAAAUAUCACCUGCCUGCACAGUAGUUCCGUGAGGAUCAUACUUUCUGCCUUAAAUUCGUCAGCAAUAAAACUUUGCACUGGAAAAAUUAAAUUUUGCCACACACUUGCUCAUUUCUGUGCUAUAGAGAAGGGAAAACAAAAUGUAACUUGCAUAAUCUGAAUCUGUGCUUCUAAUGGUCAACGAGUUAUCCAAUCAAGGGCUGAACUGGUCCUCGAGUACGGAUGGCUUCUUCCAACACCCUAUCCAUUCUAUGACACCAAUAUUUCACUGAAAAACUCGUCUGUCCUGAAUUAACUUUUUUUUUCAAAUCUAAGAACCUUUAAAUUAUUUGAAAAAUAUUUAAAUUUAAAAAAUUUAAUUUUAAAAAAAAUGUAAAUUCGAGUUUAAAAUAUGUCCAAAAAUUAUGGUGUUUUAAUUAUUGAUGAACUGCAAACCCUUCCUAUAGGAAUAUAUGAUUAUUUGUUGAUCUCCUUGAAAAAUUUAUAAUGAAAUUGUAUAAUGAGACACAAAAUGCGUUAUGUCCAAUCCAAUUCCCUCCAUCCCCUUUGUUGUACAUUUUACUAGACUAGAGCGCUGCCUUUUCAGUGGUCUAUAAUACUUUCCAUAUUCUAAAUUGGUGUGUUUUGCUAUUGAAAAUACCAACUCGCCGCAGUUGACUUUUGCAUAUUAAUUGACUACACAUAGAGCAGGCGACACUCGUAAUAAUUGCAGCCAGCAAACACUAUAUUUGUGAAUUGAUUAAUUACUCGACAGCUUUUCACAAACAUCAAAUUCCAUUUGUAAUACAUCACGCGUACAAUACACUUGAGUAAUAGUCCAACAGUCUGAUUACAUGCAUAAUAAUACAUCAAUGUGGCUAAACUCUGUCAGUUAACUAAUAUAUGUGUCGUCCCCCUUUUCCCGAUAAAAUAAAUUAAUACGAACCUAUUUGUGUAGAUGUGUACCACACAAAUGUGCAACGCAAAAUUUUUAUUUUCUACAAAUUAUGAAUGUGUACAGACUUUCUUGUUUUUUCGUGUACAUAAAAAAAGAGGAGCGAAGAUGCCAGAGUUAUAAUAAAAUUGAUAAAGAAUA